UGAUGAUGAGAGAGAGGUUAGAGAUAUAAGCGAUCCGCUACACUCUGCUUUGUGUCGUCUUCUUGUCUUCAUUAUAGUUUCGGAACAGCCAACUUCAGCCAUGUCUGUCAACUCUACUAUGGAGGACAAUCCACCUCAGAAUGAGCACUUGGUUGGUACUCCAGCCACGACUUAUUUGAUUUCUCAGGGUGGCCAGUAUUACCCCCUCUACAACAACAAUACCUCGGGCUAUCAGGCCCAGGCCCAAGCUAGACCAUGUUGUCAUGGAGCCUUAGAGCGAGCACCAAAUACGGCAAAGUAUGACGAUAUGAACUUGUACUCUCUCAAGCCAAAUGUAAAGGUUGAUUUUGAGGAGACCUUUCAAGAGCCACUUGGUUCAGAAAAUGUGAGUGUUGUCUGGAAUUACAACAAGGUCAUCUUCAAUUGGACAUCGAGGGGAUUUUACAUCUUCCUCUCCGCACUCCUUGGUCCCAUCUUGGGCAUUGCUUGGGGUUUGGUCUUCGCCAUCAUGAACUUCAUCCUGGUCUGGUUGGUCAAUCCCGCUCUUAAGGUCAUCCUACAGGCUUGUAGGAUCGUGGAGGUACUCGCUAGGGGUGUGCUCCGGUCCUCUCUGGACCCCCUCUUCCAGUCCAUCGGUCAGACGUUCACUUCUGUUCGAGGGAAUUUCACUUUGACUGUCCCAGGCUUGGAUGGACCCGGCUUGAAGAAGGAGAGCGACAAGUUGAAACUGCCCACCUUGUCCCAUUCACAUAUUUAAAUGACUUCCUCCAAAUAUGGUUAAAGCCACGAGCUAUAAUAAAUUAUUAAAUAAUUAAAAGCAAUUCGAUUCGAUAAAUCAUUUCGUUGAUGUAUUCAAACAGUUUUACCUUUAUAUAGAAUAUGCAGGAUGUAAAUAUACGGGAAUGACGACAUCGAUAUUCAAAUGGAUUGUUAUAAGAAAAGUAAUGAGAAGAAGGGCAAGAUGGAAUGAAGAGCAAAAAAGGAAGAACAUUUUCAACAGUAUAUUGCAAAAAAAGUUUAUAAGCAAGUGUGCCACUGUUUUUUUUCUCAGUAAUAUGUCCUGAUUCAAUUAAUUUUUUCGCUUUUUAUUAUCUAAAUACUUAUUUUUAAAUUUUUAAAUUUAAAUUUUGAAGAUAUAUAUUCUUAAGUAUUUUUCAUUUAAAAAAUGGUGAUGCAAAAAUUAACUUUUACAAAUGCUACUUUAUCAAAACCAGUCAGAAUAUCUUUAAAAUAUGCAAAAUAUAGAAUUAUCAAAACAUGGUAUUAAUGGUCUCUUUUUGACCUAUUUCCAUGGUAUAUUUGUCUUCACAGUGAGUAAUAGAACGCUGACCAUACGUGAUUGAAUUGUUGUCAACUUAAUUGUGCGCCAAUGAGAUGAACGUUACGGUUGGAACAAUAUUCUGUCUUAAGUAGCAAUACCUUAUCUGACGGUUACCAUUAGCAUAAAAUUGUUUAUGCCCGUUAAUUACAAGUAGUACUUUAGUACAUAAAAUAUUGACAAAACUACCAUUUAUGAGUUGGGUAUUCUUUUAACUUUCUUAGGAUAGGAAAAGCUCGUUAGACAUAAUAUGAAUGAUUUAUCAUUAUUGAGUCUAUAAAAUAAGCUUAGAUAUCAGAAAUUAUUUCGUAAUGCAAUGCUAUGCUUAGGUGCUGUACCAUUUAGACAAUAGUUCGAUCACAAGUAUUUUCAAGAAAACGGCUUACAUGAAAUUCCAAUACCCUAUUGUAUUGCCUUCAGAAAUCAUGUUUGAUUCAUGGUUGAUUUUUCAAAAGUCUCUUCAAUCGUGUCAAACAUAAAGUCUUAGAAGUAGAACGUGUUACUGUAAAUUAAUUGAUGAUUAUCCGUAUGCAAGAAAUGGAAGAAAAAUCGAAAAUGCUGCAAGAGUA